AUGUCUGCCUACUACAGGAAUAAUGGGUAUGAGGAAGAUCCAGAUUACCCUGACUAUUCAGGAUCUCGGAACCGUAUGUGGGGGCAUUUGAAAACUCAGGAUUAUCCAGAUUCUCCAGAUGCUCUGAACAACUCAGGCUACCCUAGCACCAGGAGCAACCCAUACUCUGCAGACUACAGAACAGGUCCAGACUAUCCUGGGUCUCUAGCAGAACCAGAUUAUCCUGGAUCUCGGAGUAAUCCAGACCAGUCUGGCACCAGAAGCAACUCAUUCUCUGUUGGCUCCAGAAGAAGUUCAGAUUAUCCCAUACCUUUGGCAGAGCCAGAUUAUAUUGGAUCUUGGAGCAAACCAUACCAUCCAGGCUCAUCCAGAGAGCCAGACUACUCUGAAUCCCAACGGAAUUUUGAUUUUGCAGGUUCCAGAAGCAGUGGAAACUAUGCAGGCUCCAGAACAAAUCCUGAUUAUCUCGACUCUUUGGGAGAGCCAGACUACCCUGGAGCUCAGGGAAACUCUAAUCAUCCUGGCUCCAGGGCAAAUUCCAACCAUCCCGGUACCAGAAGGAAUCCAGAAUAUGCUGGUUCCAGAAUCAAUCCAUACAUGGACACUCUGGGAGAGCCUGAUUAUCCAGGAGCUGAGAAUCAACUUAACUCUCCAAACUUUUUUGGGGAGCCAGACUAUCCCAACGCUGAGGACUAUCAGAACUCUCCAGACUUUUGGGGGAAGCCUGAUUACCCAGUUGCUGAGAAUGGUCAUGAUUAUGGCUCUUCUGAGACUUCAGAAAUGACCAGAGAGGUGCUCAGCAGAACAUCUUCAAUCCGGCCCUCAUUUCGUCAUAGGGGUGAUGGCCCCUUGGGUGUCCUUGAGAGAGAGAAUGAAGAUUACCCUGAAAGCAUUGCAAUGAAAUCCAUGGGGAUGGCAAAUCCAUAUGGCGACUCUGUGCCCGGGGCUCCUGGCAAUGGCUAUGUGAACCCUGCUUAUGUGGGUGAAAGUAGCCCCCGCCCAGCUUAUGGAAACCCACCAUUGUCUGGAUGCGACUGGCACGAGUCACCCCAAGGACAAAAGUUAAUCGCAUCUCUGAUACCAAUGACAUCUAGAGACAGAAUUAAAGCCAUCAGGACUCAGCCAAGAACCAUGGAAGAGAAAAGGAACCUUAAGAAAAUGGUUGACAAAGAGAAAAGUAAGCAGUCCCGUCGUAUGCUUGAGCUCAACUGCUGUACUCAGUGUCUAAACUCCAUUUCACGGGCGUACCGGAGAUCUAAGAACAGCCUGUCAGAACUGUUCGAUUCCGUCAGCCUAUGGCAGAAGACGCUCAAGGUCAUCGGAGGCAAGUUCGGAACCAGCGUCCUCUCCUAUUUUAACUUUCUGAGGUGGCUUUUGAAGUUCAACAUUUUCUCGUUCAUUGUGACCUUCAGCUUUAUCAUAAUCCCUCAGUUUACGGUGGCCGAGAAGAACACCCUCCAGUUCACUGGACUGGAGUUUUUCACUGGGGUGGGUUAUUUUAGAGACACAGUGAUGUACUAUGGCUUUUACACCAAUUCUACGAUCGGGCACAGGAACGGUGGGGCAUCCUACGACAUGCAGCUGGCCUACCUCUUCACAAUUGGAGCAUGUUUGGUCAUCUGUUUUUUCAGUUUGCUAUUCAGCAUGGCUAGGUACUUCCGGAACAACUUCAUUAACCCCCACAUUUACUCCCGAGGAAUCGCUAAACUGAUUUUCUGCUGGGACUUCACCGUCACUCACGAAAAAGCUGUGAAGCUGAAACAGAAGAAUCUUAGCACUGAAAUAAGGGAAAACCUGUCAGAAAUCCGUCAGGAGAAUGUCAAGUUAAGGCUCAAUCAGCAGCUGAUCCGCUUCUCUGCCCACCUGGCGGCCUGGGUUGUCUCCACUGGAGUGGCGGUUGCCUGCUGCGUAGCUGUUUAUUACCUGGCUGAGAACAACUCAGAGUUCCUGAAGAAGCACAAGGACCCUGGAGCAGUACUGUUGCUGCCUUUCAUUGUGUCCUGCAUCAACCUAGCAGUGCCACGCCUCUACUCCCUGUUCAGGCUCGUGGAGCGGUACGAGAUGCCACGGCACGAAGUCUAUGCCCUCCUGAUCCGAAACAUCUUUCUGAAAAUAUCAAUCAUUGGAAUUCUUUGUUACUAUUGGCUCAACAUUGUGGCUCAGGCUGGUGAAGAGUGUUGGGAAACCCUCAUUGGCCAGGAAAUCUACCGACUCCUUCUGAUGGAUUUUGUAUUCUCUUUAGCUGAUUCCUUCCUGGGCGAGUUUCUGAGGAGACUCAUUGGAAUGCAGUUUAUCACAAGCCUUGGCUUACAAGAGUUUGACAUUGCCAGGAACGUCCUGGAACUGAUCUAUGCACAAACUCUGGUGUGGAUUGGAACCUUCUUCUGCCCUCUGCUGCCCUUUAUCCAAAUGAUUACUCUUUUCAUCAUGUUUUACGUCAAAAAUAUCAGCCUGAUGAUGAAUUUCCAGCCUCCCAGCAAAGCCUGGCGAGCCUCACAGAUGAUGACAUUCUUCAUCUUCUUGCUCUUUUUCCCAUCCUUCACCGGGGUCUUGUGCACCCUAGCCAUCACCAUUUGGAGAUUGAAACCUUCAGCUGACUGUGGCCCCUUCCGAGGUCUGCCCUUCUUCAUUUACUCCAUCUACGGCUGGAUCGACACCUUGAGUAAAAGGCCCAGCUACCUGUGGGUUGUUUGGAUCUACCGGAACCUCAUCGGAAGCGUGCAUUUCUUUUUCAUCCUCACCCUCAUUGUGUUAAUCAUCACCUACCUUUACUGGCAGAUCACAGAGGGAAGAAAGAUUAUGAUCAGACUGCUCCAUGAACAGAUUAUUAAUGAGGGCAAAGAUAAAAUGUUCCUGAUAGAAAAGUUGACCAAGCUGCAGGAUAUGGAGAAGAGAACAAACACCACCUCGUUCACAAUGGAAAGGAGAGAUGUAGAGCAACCAGGCCCUUUACCUGUCAGGGAACAUGAUGCUGCUCGUGACCUGCGAUUUAGGCGAUCAGUUCAAGAAGAGAAUUCAAAGGCGUGAUGUUUAUUGCAGCAGCCAGACACCAAUCAAAUGAAAAGACACUCGGGCCUUUCUAAGCUUCCCAGGAGGGGAAUUCAAGCCAUUAGCCAGGACGGGAAACUGACCCCAGUGUAUAUACUGAAGCAAAUUUGGCCAUUCCCUGCUGGUUUUUUAUACCUGGAUUGCUAAUUUUCCAAGAUAAAAUAUUCGGAAUUUUAAAAUAAAGCCUAUUGUAACAUUUAAACUGGUUCCUAAAGACCCAGAAGAGAUAACCUGGGAAUUAUGUAUUCAGUCUUUAAGAGAUGUGCAUAUGAAUUAUUGGUCCUUAGAAAUCUCUACUCCCGGACCU